UAAGCAAGGUAGAUUGUGAGGUCCAGAGUCUAUCUUAUCGUACGAGGAAACCAUUCAAUAGUCUAUAAGAGGGAGGUAAAAGUUGACCUUGAGCCUGCUGGGACGUCGUUCCAUGUUUUCUCUCUUUGUUGGGUCAGUGAAGAAGAGAGAAUGUCCAGGUAUAUAUAAAGAUGCUGCAAGGCAAAGCACCUCAGAACCCUUUUGGAUGAACUCAGUGUUAAAGGUGAAGCUGGAGAAGAAAAGAGAAGUGUUUUACAUCCGAUCGAUACAAUGAGACUUCCAGCAUCAGCUGUACUUUCUACACACACUUUACCAAAAAUGGAGGGAAGUAGAAGACUUGUGCCUCUAAACAGAUCUGGAAAUAGUUCAACUAAACAUUAAGAUUAUUUUCCACGAGGACCUCAUCAAAAGUAGAAUAUUAAACUUCAUAAUCCUGUUGUAGAUUACAGGACAGUGUGACUUCUUGCUUUAAUUCAGCAGAGCCUGAUGGUUCUCUAUUUGUAAACUGGCAGAGAAAAUUACUAUCACCAAUUAGACAAACAGCAACACACAAAGAGAUUUGUUGAAAGAGAAGCUCGAUCAGCUUCAGUGUCACUUCACGUGGGCCCCGCAGAAGGAAACCAUUGACCUGGAAGAUAUGAUGUACAGAUUACAAGGUUCUAUUGGUAUGAAUUUGAAGUAUAAAGCUCACUCCUGCAACCAACUUGCUUUUGUAAACUGCCUACAGGGCAACUAUGAAGAAGCAAUUCAAAACUUAAAGGAAGCUGAAAAGAUUCUGAGGGAGGACAACAAAGAUGAAUUUGAAAGAAGAAGCAUCAUCACCUAUGGAAACUUUGCCUGGGUGCAUUACCACAUGGGACAACUGACCGAGGCCCAGUCCUAUCUCGACAAGCUGGAGAUGAUCUGUAAACCGCUCAGUGAUGGCCCUCGCUAUACAGCAAUGAUACCCGAGGUGUACGGGGAGAAGGGAUGGUCAUUGUUGGGUUCUGGUAAUAGUCUUUACUAUGAGGAGGCAAAAAAAAGUUUUGAGAAGGCUCUGAAGGAAGAUCCUAAUAACACAGAAUGGAUCAUGGGAUAUGCCACUGUUCUGUUCCGUCUCGAAUCAAUUUCUAGAGCUCCUGCAAAUCACCAGUCAGUAACGUAUCUGCGUCGUGUACUGCGUCUUGAUUCAGGUGACACUGUGGCCAUGGUUCUGUUGGCUCUCAAACUACGAAUACUUAAUAAAAAACAGGAAGCAAUUGAAUUAGUUGAAAAAGCACUGCAGAAAACACCGGAUUUUCCAUACAUGCUUCGGUAUGCGGCAAAAUUUUGGAGAUUAGAGAAAGAUGUGGAGAAAGCCAUUGACCUGUUGAAGAAAGCAUUAGAGAUAACUCCAGACAGCAUCUUCUUACAUCACCAGAUUGCGUUGUGUUAUGAAAUUAAACUAAAGCAACUGAUUCCCAAUCCUUUCCCCCAAAAUGGUAGCAAUUGUGAAGACCAGCAGAAAACUGAGCUGAUCAGAAAAUGUAAGCAUCACUUUGCAAAGGUGGGUGAACAGCGUCCAAGUGCAGUCAAGCCACAAAUGGAUUUUGCACAAUUCUGUGUAAGGAUUGAAGAGUAUUCGAAAGCGGAGGAAAUAUAUGACAAGCUGCUGAAGUUAGUAAACAUUAGUCCACGUGACAUGCAGGAAAUAUGUUUAAAAGCUGGCGUAUUUCAAAAGCAUCAGAUGAACUCGGAAUCAAAUGCCAUUACACUAUUUCUGAAAGGCCUGAAAAUUGAACAUGAGUCAAAUGAACGGCAAAAGUGUCACAGACAGUUGGAGCAGUUGCUAAACAGGAAGCUUCAGAGGAAUCCACAAGACAACGAAGCCCUUCAUGUCAAAUCAUUAUUGAAUGAGAUGGAUGAGAACAGCUGUAAUGCUAAUGGAGAUUGAUCCUGAUCAUAUAAAAUAUCUCAAUGCUUAUAAUAAAUUAUCUCUUUUUCCACUGAUAAAAUGAUGCAUGACAGCUGUAUUGAUUCUGUCUAAACAAAGGCAGGCUGGACCAUUUUCUUUCAUUAAUAAGAGUUUGUUAGCCAUUUCUUUUAACAAAGGUAAUACAAUUGAUUGUAAUUUUCAAUGAUCUUGUAAUUAUCUAAAUUUCUGAGCUUUGUUUUGGAAUGCUGAUGUCAAUAAUAGCAUAAGACUGUACCUUCAGAAGUUCCAUUCAAUGUGAAUUUUGGAGAAUUAUACUACACAGAGCAAACUCAGAGAACCCUAUGAAUCCUCUAUGUCAGAAUCCUUUACUUAAUUAAUCACAAGUUGUACUUUACUUUUCAGAUUGUUUCUUAUAUCUGCGGAACAAGUGUAACUUUUAAAGAGUAAUGUUUGGAUUAGAGUUGAAUUUCGUAGAUGUCUGGGAAUUAUGAUUUUGAAGUAGAGGUUGUAUCUGUCCAGCACAAAUCAACAGAAUUAGAGCAAAAUAUUCUUAGUUACACAAGUCCAGUGCACUAGAGGUAAUGAGGGUAUGAGUGCCAGUUUUGUGUAAUUUCUGAAAUAUUAUAAUAGAGAAGGGGGAUAGUGGCUGAUAACAUUUGACCAGCCUGCCCAGGUUAGAGUGGAGUAGUUCUUUGCAUUCCUGUAAGUGGACUAUGCAAGUAGGAAUUAUUUGUUUAUUCAGUGAGUGCGGAAUAGGCCCUUCCAGCCCCUUGAGCCACGCCGCCCAGCCAUCAUCCGAUUUCACCCUAGCCUAACCACCGGACAAAUCACAAUGACCAAUUACCCUACCAACUUACAUCACCAGAUUACUUUGUGUUAUGAAUUUAAACUAAAGCAACUUGAUUAACAAUCCUUUUCCCAAAAAUGGUCGCAAUUGUGAAUAUCAGCAGAAAACUGAGCUGAUCAGAGAAUGCAAGCAUCACGUUGCAAAGGUAGAGGAGCAGCGUUCAAAUGCAGUUAAGCCAGAAUUGGAUUUUGCACACUUCUGUGUAAUGAUUGAAGAGCAUUCCAAAGCGGAGGAUUCCUUCGACGGUGGGAGGAAGUGGGAGCACCCAGAGGAAACCCAUGAGGUCACAGGGAGAACGUAUGGGCUUCUUACGGGUAGCAGUAGGAUUUGAACCUGGUUCAGCUGUAUGUAACGCAUGUACCAAAUACUACAAUAUUGUGCCAUUUGGGAUUAAAUAAAUAACCAUCCUGUAUUCUUAGCAGCAGAAGAGAAGCAGAAGAUCAAUCCAGAAUGAGAUAUUAUAGAGCUAUUUGUCAAGAGAUGAGGAACAGAGCCAAAGGGGGUGAGAAGGAGCAGGAUCUAAGGGGACCAAGUGCAAAACAUGCAUAGAUCCGAAAGUACUGAGAGCCUGGACAGUGGUGCAGUUCUAUGGUACUGCUAUCCAUGGAAAAACAUCCUACAGUACACUUGUGCUCUGCUGAAUACCACGUGUCAUGUUUGUAUGUGUUUUGAAUGAAGUACAAUUACAGAUAACAUUAUGGAUGAAUAUCACUUCAUUUUUGUAUUGAGAAGUGCAAGGGGAAUUGCCACAGGUGCAACAUUAGAGCUAAUUAAGUAAUCUGCACAGUCACAAUUGUUCUAUAUGAAUUAUAUCAA